CCUCCAGCCUGUUUACAACCGUGCUGCUACCUCGUUUCAUAACAUCAGACUGAAUAUAAGUCGGCAUUUCUCUGUCCUCUGUCAGUUACUGUCAUUUGAUUGAUGUUAGUCAGAGAAAUGACUUGCAUAAAGCAAAUACUUUGCAAAAGACCUCGAAUAAAAGUCGGACGUUUGUUUGGUGCAGCUUUCGCCGCCUGCAGAUGUUUCCGUGCAGAAACAGUAAGACAUGGAUCCGGCGGGCUGCCAGUAGUUCAUCACAGCGGGUACGUGUGUGACCUCCCACCAAAGCACAGGUUUCCGAUGGGCAAGUUUCCCCGGGUUUUACACUUUCUAAUCAAAGACCAAGUCAUUACAGAGAAACAGGUGUGGGUUCCUCAAAUUGCCUCUAAAGAUUUACUGAGCUGUGUGCACACUGAGGAAUACCUGAACAACUUCAUAAAUGGGAAGGUAAAUGAGCAGGAACAAAGGAGGACAGGUUUCUCCUGGAGCGAGGGCCUGGUGAGACGAUGUCGAUAUGAAACAGGUGGGACUCUUCUGGCUGCUGAAGUCGCUCUGCAGAGGGGUCUGGCCUGCAGUACAGCAGGAGGAACCCAUCAUGCUUUUCCAAGCUUUGGUUCAGGGUUUUGUCUCCUCAAUGACUUAGCAGUUGCAGCCAAAUACCUGAUGGGCAACUCCUCACCCAAGAGGAAGGUUCUGAUUGUGGAUCUAGACGUGCAUCAGGGUGACGGCACAGCUUUCAUAUUUAAAGAGGAGACGUGUGUGUUUACAUUCUCAGUGCAUUGUGGGAAAAACUUCCCCCUCCGCAAACAACAGAGUGACCUAGAUAUCAGCGUGGAGGAUGGGAUGGAAGACAAGGACUACCUCUCCACAGUGGAGGCUCACCUUCCCUGGCUGCUGGAGACUUUUCGUCCAGACCUGGUGCUGUAUGACGCAGGCGUCGACCCUCACUGGGAAGAUGAACUCGGGAGGCUCCGCCUGACUGACCAAGGGCUGUAUCAGAGAGAUCUGUAUGUGAUGAAGACUGUGGUGAGCAGGGGCGUUCCUGUCGCUGCCGUUAUUGGAGGAGGAUAUUCAAGAGACAUCGACAAACUGGCCCUCAGACACUCCAUCGUCCACAGAGCAGCAACUCAGGUUUGGAGGGAAUGUGGAAUGUAAAACCUUCAUCCCCUGAAUGAAGAGGACCCUCAAAGCCCAACUGAUACUUGAUCUUUAGGAGCCAGUGCCAAUAUUAAUAUGUGGUAAUAAAAGAAUUGAUGUGAAUCACAACUUGCUUUAUACUCUAUAUUAACAGGAUGACAUUUUUAAUCAAGAAUUAUGAAAAAGAUAUUGGAGACAAUGGACUUUGCAUAAUAUUGUAAUCUGCUGGACAAAUUAUGUGAUUUUAAAUUUUUUGUGGUAGAUUGGAACAAGAUAUUUACAGCUAACCUACAUGCUGUAUGUGCUAAGCUAAUGUAUUCAUUUGGAAAUAUAAUUUGUUUUCAUUUUGAAAAGCUGGUGAUCAUGGUCAUGCAAGUGACUUUCUAGUAUAGCAUGUGGUGUGUUGGCUGAAGUCAUUUAAGAUGUCCAACUUGUUUACCUCAUCAAGAUACUGUAUGGUUACUUCUGUAGUAGUUAUUGUCUCUAGAACUAUUAAAUAUUCUGUUAUUGAACUAUA